CAACACUCUUUUACAGUACAGCUAGCAGUAUAUGUGGGACUGAUCAUUUUACAUCAACUGCUUGUUUCACCUGACAGAAAAAGGUUUCCAAAUAUGGAUCAUAAUGGCCUUCCUGGUCAGAUGAUCUUGAAAGUCUACCUUAGCAACAGCCCAGACACAUUGUCCGAUGUGCCCAUCACCCCUGAGACGAGAUGCCGUGAUGUGGUGGAGUUCUGCAGGGAAGCGGGAGAGGUCCAGUGUCAUCUGGCAGAGCUCUGGAGAGGAUGUGAACGUCCUAUUGACGAUGAAGAGAAGAUCUAUGAUAUUCUGCAGCAGUGGGGAAUUCAUCGCAAUGAGGUCAAGUUUUUCUUGAGGCAUGAAGGAGCCAACUCGGAUGAACAAGGGAGGAGAUCAAAGAAGAAAACAACCCUCAGAGAUGGGAGCUCAUCUGAAGAUUUGAAGCUCUGGCCCAUUUUCCCCGCUUCCAAGACAAGUCACCAGAUACCCCACGCUCCGAAUCGACCUGUUCCCCCGCUCUUCCUCUUUCCUGCUUCCUCCCUCCUCCCAACAAUAGCAUUAUACCAGCCAGCGCAACAGCACAGCAGCCACCCAGACCUCUCCCAUUCUUCAACCCCGCAUCAGCAGCGCUAAGAGGAGCGCUAACAGAGCUCUCAAUUACACUAAAGAGGCAGCAGUGCUUUGAUUACUCUAUACCUUGGUGCCU